AUGAAGCCUGGUCUUAUUCAAGGGUCAAAAUUGUAUCCGGGUCAGCCCUAUGAGAUCCAGGUCCCUGCACAGCGCAUGAUAAUUCUCCCACGGCAACAUCUGGAUGAGGUGAAGAACUUUCCUGAUAGUCAGAUGAGCUUCAAGGCUUUGGUCAAGGAUGCGAUGGCUGGGGAGUAUACGAUGAUUGCAACCCACGAUCAGAGCCUCGCUACUGCCCUCAGACGUGAUCUGACCCAAAACAUAGUCCAUGCUCACGAACUCCUACAAGAUGAAGUGGUUUCUGUAGUUGAGGAGCAUCUAGGGUUCUGUGGAAAUGAUUACGUACCGGUGCAACUUUUGCCUAAACUUCUUGAGAUGGUUACCUCGAUGACAAGCUCUGUCCUUGUUGGCUCGCCGCUUUGUCACAAUAAAGAAUGGUUGAAAUGCAUGAUGAAAUACACGGAAGACGCUUUCAAGGCCGGGAUGAUUCUGCACAUGACACCGCGCAUAGUGCAUCCCCUUUUGAACUGGUUCCUCCCCGAGCUACGGGCUGUCCGGCGGCACUAUUCCACGGUCAAAAGAUUACUUGCACCAGUACUUCAGGAGCGCAUUGAGAGACUGAGUAAUCCUGGAUUCCAGCCACCACGCGAUAUCAUCCAAUCUUUCAUAGAUAUCAACGAAGUGAAAGGAAAGUCUUUAGAUUUUCAAGCCACAAAUCAGCUCAUGGCCGCUUUUACCGCAAUGCAUACAACCUCAAUGAAUGCAUGUCAUGCCUUGUUCCACCUGGCUGCGGCACCAGAGUACAAUGGCCCUUUAAGAAAGGAGCUUGAAACAGUUAUAGCUGAGGAAGGGGGUAUCACAUCAAAGUCUGCGAUGAUGAAACUCCGAAAGUUGGAUUCGUUCCUAAGAGAGACCCAGCGCUUAAAUCCGUCUUCUUUUGUUGGUAUGGAGCGCAAGGUGUUGGCUACUACAGAGCUUUCUGACGGUACAAUCCUCCCGGCUGGAUCUAUACUUGGAUUCAACUCCCUUGAAAUCAACUAUGAUCCGCUAUUGUGGGAAAAUGCAGAAAAGUUUGAUGGAUUCAGGUAA